AUGAGACUCCCUUUCACCCAUCUCAUAGCUUUCCUCCUUGGAGCCAGCCGCGCACAAGAGUCAUGCAACUCCGCUUGCCAGACGGCAUUCAAAGGAGCCCUCCUCCGCGAGUCCUCAGGGUGGGUGUCGAAGAACGUAACGCUAGACGAAUUCUACACCACCCCAUCCAACACCACUGGAGCAAAGCCAGGCGCCCUACUGCGAUGGCAACCAGUCUCACGCAACGACAGCAACACAAAAUACUCAGCACCAACCGGCAUGUCUCUUGCGCGUUUCAUGUACGUGACCGAAGACAUUGAACGAAACCCCAUUCCGGCUACUGGAUUUGUGUUGUUGCCGUACAGCAAGCCAAACCGGGACGAGCCACUGAAUACGAUUGUCUGGACCCACGGCACAGCUGGUAGAAUUCGCAACUGUGCACCGUCCAACAACAAAGACUUACACUAUGAAUGGAGAGGCCCGUAUGCUCUUGCUCUUGCUGGGUAUGCUGUCAUUGCGCCCGACUAUUCGGGUCAAGGUUCAGAUAUCCCUCAAGGUUUCAUGUACGAGGCGGGCUUCUUGCACGCAGCUGAUGCCGUAUACGGGUUGAUUGCUGCCCGCAAGGCUCUCGGCGGCUUACUCUCUGAGGAGUAUGUAGUUGUCGGCCACAGUGAAGGUGGCAUGACAGCUUGGAGAACCAACGAGCGUCUUGCGAUGCCCGCUCAAGAAGAGCUGCUGAAGGCAGGAAAGUUCCUAGGCUCUGUCGCCGCUGCUCCCGCGCUCCGUCCUCUUGACCUCUUCCCUGAGUCCAUCCGACGAGCCAAUGGAGGGCCAUUCGGCGGUGCCAACGCCAUCUUACUUCUGCAAUCGCUCGCACUGCUCUUUCCCAACACCUUCCAUCUCGAAGAUUACCUCACAGAUGCCGCUCUCGAUCUUCUUCCACUCCUGGAUCAAGGCUGCAUCCUUGUUGCAAACGCAUUAUACGGCAACUUCACCAGCGCACAGAUGUUCAAAAAGGUUACUUGGUACGAGCAUCCAGAUGUUGUCGAUUGGCAGAAACGCUACAAUGGCGCUGGCCCUCACGCUCUCGCUGCACCUAUGCUUGUUGUUCAGGGCAUCGCCGACGAUUUAGUGUACGCAGUCAACACCAAGAGUGACUUCAACCGUACUUGCGGCGCUUUCCCGGAGUCUCGUGUUUCGCUACUUUUGUACCCGGAGGUCGAUCACUUGGGUGCCUCGAUGGUCACAGUCCAUGAUUAUCUUGCUUGGAUUAAGGAUCGUUUCGACGGUGUGGAGGCGCAGGAAGACGCGCCAACCGAAGCCAUUCAACUAGACAGCUUCGCAGAAUGCAUAGAACACUGCUCACGGUUCUGGGGCCCCGGCGAAGGAUGUUUCGGCGUCCUCUGGGUGGAUCCCGACAACAUCUGCUACAUGAAGAACAGCAGCGCGACCGUCGAUCUCCUCGAACCAAACCCCCACCGCUACACCGCCCUCAUCGAGAGGAGCGAAAUGGAAGGCUUCGACGAAACAUGUCCGCAUGAAGAUCUUUCCACCAACACCCUCCCCGGCGUCCACGGCAUGCAAUACACCACGCACUGCGGGCAGAUGAUCAAGGCAAACGUAGCUGACUUUGACGGGUAUCCACAUCUCGAGGGCAACUAUCAAUGGUUCUACCACGUCGAAUCCCUCGAUGAAUGCAUGCAGAUAUGCGUCGAUCAGCAACCGCUCUGCACAGCCGUAUCCUGGAAUCCGACUAUGGUAAUCGGUUUCGCCAACUGCAUUCUCAAGACGGGCGACGACUCUGGUUACACGGAUAGCCUGGACGUAGGCGCGGGAGUCAUCCUCUUUCACUCGGCAGUCAUGACGCAGAUCGACCAGAUCGAUACGAAAUGUCCAGAUCGGGAAUCGUAUACGGCGGCGGCGGGCACGGAGGAUGCCAAGGGCUUUGAGGUGCACUGUGGGAGGUUGAAUCCGGGGACUAAUAUUACGAGUUUGCAUAUGCAGAAUAUUACGGCGUGUAUGGAUGCUUGCGCGGAGGAGAACGUAGGAUGCAAAGCUAUUCUCUUCGACUCGACAUUGAAAGGCGGGUUCAACAACUGCUAUCUGCAGAACACUACGACUGUGAUUAGCGAGCAGCCAGGCGCUACAUACGCCGUCCUCCUCGAUGCGGAGAUCCCCUCUUCGUCGCCCUCCUCAUCAUCUGGAGCCAACAAAAACAGCAACGACGACUCCUCCCCCAGCAAAGCAUGGAUAGCAGGACCGGUAAUCGGCGGUCUAGUCGCUCUCGCACUAAUCGGCUUUGCGGCCUUCUGGUGGCGCAAGAGGAAGGCGACGAAGCUUGCUAACGGAGAGAAGAGCCCGUAUAAUAGAGAGAGCAUGUAUGGUGCUGUGCCGCCGCAGUAUGUGGAUGCACAGCAUGUGGAUGCGCAGUACGUGGAUGCGCCGGAUUCGGAUACUGUAAGGAGUGAGUUGCCGGGUAGUGUGAAGUAUGCGCAUAAUCAUGGGCCGAGGAGUGAGCCGCAGGAGAUGCCUUCGUAG